AUGGAAAGGCGGCGUUUGCUACGUGGAGCUGGAUCUGAAAAUGAACCGCCCAACAAGACGCGCAGAUUGAGUAGCAGGGUAAGAGAUACAACUGUUUCCUACUCUUUAUCGAGUCCAAGAAGAUCAUCUGCGAAGCCAUCCCAGGAGCAGAAAGCUCCAUUGAUAUACAAGAACUCUCGCAGGGAUCUUUUGAAAAUAGAAACUCCCUCUGGUAGCGUUUCCAAGCAAGCGAGAGACGCGAUAUGCAAGGAUAACCUGGCGAAUAUCCAGCUUUACAAUGAGGAGCUCAUCGAUGAGUUGUUCCACCUGACCCAUUAUACGAGUCUCAUAUAUUUCAAUCCUCAGGAACCAGAUAUCAACAAGGAGACAGAAUUGUACCAGGAAUUUGCAAAGGACUAUCCCCUUUGGCCUGCUUCUGAUGACGAAAGUUCAGGUAGGAAGAGAUCAUCCAGAAGGGUGCGGGAAGAUGCGGUGAGUCCCCUCAAGGCUGAAAUCAAUGGCCUAGUUCAAAAGAAGCGCUCGCUUCUCGAAAAGCAGAAACCACAGACUAAGCCAUCAACGCCGCAGAAGAAAAGCUCACCCCAGAAGCUGGUGAAAGGCAAGACGCCCAUCAAACCAGUUCCAAAGGAAAGCGAAUCCGAGCAGGAGGAAAGCGACGAAUCUGAAGAAUCUCAGAAUUCAUCAGAGGAAGAUGAGGAAGAGGAUACACGGCCAGCAUCAAGAAAGAUCAUAACCAAGUUCACGCUACCCCGGCAAUCGAUUUCUCAUCCAUCACAUGUGACUGAGCCAAACUUCUCCACUCUGAGACAAUUCUUGGAGUCAUACAAGUCACUUGAUGAUGAUCUCUCUCCUGAAGAGUACGAGGCUCAUGUAAAGUCUCAAAUUGAGCUCUUGGGUAGGAUACGCAGGGGAAUUGAAAACCGAGUUUUAAGAAUAGACUUCGACGAGAACGUGAACCGAAUUCACCCCAAUGCCACAAGAGAGCCCACGAUGAUAAAGCUCAACACAAACUAUAUCAGGUACAAAGACCCUUUUAUUGCCUCUGGCCAGAUAACGCAUCACGACCAUCUCGUCGCCCAUGGAUUGGUGUCUGCCAAGUUGAUACACGAAAGCCGAAAUUCAAAGAUCACCAAGUCCAAGAAGAUCGCUCUAAUGAUUGAAAAUCACUUUAAGAGAAAGUCCCAAGAAAAGGAUAGAGAGGCCAAGGAGUAUAAGAUUAAAAUACAGAGACUGGCUAAGGAAACCGCAAGAUUGGUAAAGCGCAAAUGGAUGCAGGCGGAAAAAGCGUACAAAAUUCUUGAAGAACGUGAGAGAGAGAAGGAGAGAGCGAUUAAGUCUAAACAACAUCUUUCAGAGAUCUUGCAGCACUCUACACAGUUACUGGAAGCUCAAUUGACUCGCAAUGCUUCAGAAUCUGCCACACCAGUUCCUACUGAUACUGAUGCUCAUGGUUCCGAAAGCGAUGUUGAAAGUGCAGAGAAUAGUGAUGACGAGAGUGGUGCUAGUGAUUUUGAUUCAGGUUCGGGUUCCAGCUCUGAGGAUGAGACCGAAGUAAAGGACCAGGAUCUCGACAUCGGAAACGAUCAAGUUGUGGAUGACUCCAAACUCUCAGUGGAAGAACUGAGAGCAAAGUACAAGGAUCUUCAGAAUUUCGCUGCCAAGUCAGAGAGUGAAAGUGACGCUGAAAAUGAAUCUGAAAGCGAUAAGGAUACUGACCUCGCAACGUUAUAUGGCGCGGAUGGUGGAUCUGGUAUUCAGAAUACCAGUAUAGUGGACGGCAUGACCCAAGAGGAACGUGAAAACUUGUUGAAUAACGAAGAGCGCAAUUCUGUUUUAGACAGCGAAGAGGAAAGCGAAUCAGACGACAGCCUGCUUGAUUCUGACGAUGAGUCUAGCGAAGAGGAGGCAGAGGAGACACCAAGAGCGUCAGGACUGGCAGCGUUGUUCGGCAAAAUAGAGGAUGAGCCAGAAGAAAGAGACGAGUCUGUUAGGAGUUCUGAUUCCGAGGAUGAUGCUUCCGCAAAGGAAGAGGAUACACCAAACUCCACUCCCGGCGGCCAGGAUGUUGCACCGGAGAAAGAUUCUUCGAUUGACGCUAGUGCUGUCCCGGAUGUCCCCGUUCCACAAUUACUCAAAGGAACAUUGCGUGUCUACCAAAAGCAAGGGCUAAACUGGUUGGCCAGCUUAUACAACAGUAACACCAACGGUAUUUUGGCAGACGAAAUGGGUCUGGGAAAGACUAUUCAGACCAUCUCUUUGAUCGCUUACCUCGCUUGCGAGAAGAACAUCUGGGGACCCCAUUUGAUUGUGGUACCUACUUCCGUCAUGUUAAACUGGGAGAUGGAGUUCAAGAGAUUUGCCCCAGGAUUUAAAGUUAUGACGUACUAUGGUUCACCUCAGGUCAGAAAAGAGAAGAGAAAAGGCUGGAACAAGCUGGAUACUUUUCAUGUUUGCAUUACCUCGUACCAGCUUGUCGUUCAAGAUCAGCAGGUCUUCAAGAGGAAAAAGUGGAAGUACAUGAUUCUUGAUGAGGCCCAUAACAUCAAGAAUUUUAGGUCCCAGAGAUGGAAGGCAUUGCUCAAUUUCAACACCGAAAACAGACUUUUAUUGACUGGUACGCCUCUCCAGAACAACAUCAUGGAAUUAUGGUCACUGCUCUAUUUCCUCAUGCCAUCCACUAGGGCAGGAAGCAGGCAAACUAUGCCUGAUGGGUUUGCUAACCUUAUGGACUUCCAGCAAUGGUUUGGCAGACCCGUUGACAAAAUCAUUCAGGCUGCCGGAGGUGUUGAUGGUGCUGAUGAAGAGACCAAGGCUACUGUGUCGAAACUGCAUCAAGUAUUGAGACCGUACCUGCUUCGUCGGUUAAAAGCGGAUGUCGAGAAGCAGAUGCCUGCCAAGUACGAGCAUAUCGUGUAUUGCCGGUUAUCGAAACGUCAAAGAUUUCUGUAUGAUGAUUUCAUGUCCCGUGCUCAAACGAGAGAGACUCUGGCUUCAGGAAACUUUCUCUCCAUCAUCAACUGUUUGAUGCAGCUCAGAAAGGUUUGCAACCAUCCCGAUUUGUUUGAGGUUAGACCGAUUUUGACCUCCUUUGCGAUGGAAAAGUCCGCGAUAUCCGAGUAUGAUAUGAAAGAGCUGGUUGUCAGACGCAACCUCCGUGGUUCUACUGAAAAAGUUGAUCUGAGUGUGAUAAAUCUCGUACCUUCUGAGAACACCAACAUAACCACUUUCGAAAACGACUCCAUCCAGACGCUCACAGCUAAUGGGUACCUGAAAAGCCAAUGUGAUUUGAUUAAAAAUGCUCUAGGAGAACCAUGCAAGCCUGAUUUCUCAACAUUAGAGGGCUACUUCAAGUACCACAGAUAUGUGGAACAAGAACAGGCUCUAUCUUCCACUGAGCAAUUUCUUUACCUCAACAAGCUGAGAUCGCAAAAGCCUUUGAUUUACAGCAAAAACUUGAUCGCCCAGACAACAAUCAAACAGACAUUCAACGUUGGGAUCUCUGACGUCUACAACAGCAUUGUUAAGCCACUGGACACGAGAGUAUCUUUGAUGAAAGAUACUGUUGACAAAUACGCUUUUGUCACACCUGCGGUCGUGGCACUUGAUAUGAACGACAAAGUUGUCCCUGCGGAUGUUUCUGGUAAGAUAGUCGAGUCCAAUCCAUCUAUGUUGGAACAAAAUCCCUUCCACGAGGCUCAGGUGAAAUUGUCUAUUGCAUUUCCUGAUAAGGGCCUGCUACAAUACGAUUGUGGAAAGCUUCAGAAGUUGGCAAUGUUGCUACAGGAAUUAAGUGACAAUGGACACCGAGCCUUGAUAUUCACCCAGAUGACCAAAGUGUUGGACAUUCUGGAGUUGUUCUUGAACUACCAUGGAUACAGGUACAUGAGGCUGGAUGGUGCGACGAAGAUUGAAGAUCGUCAAUUGCUGACUGAAAGGUUUAACACAGACUCCAGGAUCACAUGCUUUAUUUUGUCAACAAGAUCCGGUGGUUUGGGUAUCAACUUGACCGGUGCGGAUACCGUCAUCUUCUAUGAUUCUGAUUGGAACCCAGCAAUGGAUAAACAAUGCCAGGAUAGAUGCCACAGAAUCGGUCAAACAAGAGAUGUCCAUAUCUACCGCUUUGUGUCAGAAUACACGAUUGAAUCUAAUAUUCUGCGCAAGGCUAAUCAGAAGAGACAAUUGGAUAAUGUUGUUAUUCAGGAUGGUGAUUUCACAACGGAUUACUUUGGAAAGCUUUCCGUGAAAGAUCUACUUGGUGAAGAGGGCGGUGGUGAUGACGAUGCUCCAUUGUUACUGAAUGCUAACCCCAACAGCAAAAAUCUGACAUCUGUUUUGGCAGAAGCAGAAGACGCUGAUGAUGCUGCUGCAGCGAACGUUGCGAUACAAGAAGUUGCGCUUGACGACGCUGAUUUCGACGAUUCUAAUAUGAAGACCAGUUCAACUGCUGAGGUUACACCGUCUGGAACGGCAGGUGGAACCGCGUCCCCGGCCUCAGAGAGAAGAAGUGAGUCUGUAGUGGGAGAUGGUCCACGGGUUGCAUCUGAAGAGGUUGAAGCCGAGUUUUUGGAUCAUUACAACCAGGUUGAGGAAGACGAGGAAGAAGAUGAUGGUAUAGGCCAUAUCGAUGAGUACAUGAUCAGGUUCAUUGCUGGAGGCUUUUAUUGGGACUAG